UUUGUUUUGAUUAUCGAUUCUUUUCGUUGCCAAUGAUUCAUGCACACAUCAACACAAGCUGCCCAAACGAAAACGAAACGAAAUGUCAAAUGAGUUGUGAAGAAACGUAAGCUUUUAAAGUUGUGAAGUUUUUUGUUAUUGUGAAAUUAAAUUUUUUUGAUUUUUAUCUUUUAAAAAAAAUAACAUUUCAAAAUGUCAGAAAAGCAUAGUGAAAAACAAAUACCAAUGAACCCAACAGCGCCACCCAACAAUGACAUGUUUGUGGCUAGCGAAUUCUCGCAGCGUGCUCCACCUCCAACAUAUGAGCAAAGCCAAAAAAUGUCUGCAGCUGUAGCGCCUCAACAACUUUAUGGCGCAAUGCAGGCACCAACUUCUCAUUUGCCACCAUACGGCACUGGCUAUGUUAAUCCUUAUCAAACACAUAUGCAGCAGCAUCAGCAUUACUACCAUCAGCCCAUGCCCAUGUCCCAUGAGACUGCAGAGACAAAGGUGAUAACUUUAGCAAAAGGUGCUGAAGUACGCCACACUGUAACAGGCGCUAUUAGCAUUCCACCACCACCGCCAGGUUAUGCAGCAACACCAGCACAAUUGGCCGCAAUGAAUGGUCAGCCUGUGGUUGUUAAGAAGAAGAAAAAUACAUUUUUUUAAAAUAUAUAAUUCCAGUUUAAAAUUUAAUCAAUAUUUUGCAUUCUAUUUAUGGGCAGGUGAUUUUUGCUCCUGAGCUAGCUUAGUUUGCGAAGCGCUAGAGUUUGAUUUAAAUCUUCUAUAACAAACAAUUACAAAUAUGCGUUCAAUUACUUAAUAUUGUUAAUUAUUUUAAUGUUAUAUUCAAUUUAUACUUCAUUAAAAAAAUAAAAAAUUGUGUCGAAUAUAUAUGUAUAUGCAGUUUGUCAGGGAAAUGUUUGCAAUGCCUACACAUGUAACAAAUCAUUGCUUAGUCCUAAGAACGAUAUGCAAAUUUAAAUUUUCUUCUUUAUUUAUUAUAAAUAUGUACUAUAUGUAUAUUUUCAAUAUAUAAGCAAAUGCAAGAAUGGAUUUAAAAUAUGAACAGAUAAAAUAUUGCAAACAUUUUCUUUGUAUGAGCUAUUUAUGAAUAUACAAAUACAUAUACACAUACGUGUAUAUAAAGUCUAUAACUAUAAAGUCAUAUUUAUAUGGAAAACAAAUAAUUUACAUGAAAUUAAAAAUAAUAUAUUUAAUGCACAUAAACAUAUGUAUAACAUAUAUUAUAAUGUUAAAAAUAAAUAUAUUUAUAUA